AUGACAAGACAAAAGCGCAGAAGUGCUACAGGCUGCAUCACCUGCAAGAUAAGGCGGGUCAAAUGCGACGAGGGCCGCCCAUGCUGCACCCGCUGUUCCAGCACAGGACGCAAAUGUGACGGCUAUCUCGACCGCACACCCGCUCCCAAUCAGCCAGCUCCCGCUGCGCUCCUCGUGAUCUGGAACUUGGACGUGGACUUGACGACCUGGGACCGCGACCAUGUGGUUCGCACGGGAUUUCGCUUCUUCGCCGACAUGUGCGCGCCCGUCCUGCUCAACUAUGGCAGCCACUUCUUCUGGACCCAGCUCGUGCUCCAGGCUGGCCAGGCCUGCCUGAGCGUCAAGCAUCUUAUCGUGGCGGUAUCGCGUCUGGCCUGUCAUAAUCUCGGCCUGCUUCCUGGAGUCGAGUCCCCCAUGGACGACCGCAUCUUCUUGUCGCAUUAUGGCCAAGCGUUGAAGUCGUUCAGUCAAACCAAAAAUCUCGACCAGGGCAUAGCUCUUAUGGCGUGCCUUCUACUGAUUCUUUGCGACGAGUUCCAGCAAAGGCCGUUUGCGGCGCUGCAACAUAUCAUUGCGGGCAGGAAAAUCCUAGCCUCAUAUUGUGCCAACAGAUCCACAUACAGGAAUACCACGGUGGAAGAAAUCGGCCCUAUCUUCUCCAAGCUCGAGUUACGCACCGGUGAGCUGAACCAGCAGACACAACCAAGUCAUACUCGGUGGCAGUUGCCCACUGCUCACUAUUCUGUCGACGUGAUCGAUCUCCAACCGUUUUCCAAUCUGGGGGUAUUUGCAAGAAUGGCAAGCACCCUGGAGGCUGCCAAGUCUUUGCAAACUAUUGCUGCUGCGUGUACAAGUCUGCGUCUCACUGGCCAGCCACCCCAGACCCGAUUCCAUACCGUACCUCUCCUGACAGACCAACUCAACACUUGGUUCGAAGAGUUUAGCCGCUUUGACGCUGGAAUGUCUCGCGAGAUCACACCGGCCAGCCGUGCGGAACUCCAACUUCUGCGGACGUACCAUCUGUGUCUCCAUGUGCUAUCUCGAUGCGCGCCGUUCGACCAAGAAUGCGCCUUUGACAUUUACAGCGGAGCCAUGGAUCAUAUCAUGGUGUGUGCAGGUCUUCUGAUACCCUUCACCACGACCAGGUUGAUUCCGAUUUUGUUUCUCGUCGCAACCCGGUACCGUAGCGUCAGCUUCCGCAGACGAGCAAUUGAGAUGCUAAGCCAAUGUGGGCUGGACGGGCAGAUUUUGGCCCGGAUUGCGCUCAAAGUCGUCCAGUUGGAAGAGCGGCGUGUCAAAGAACCUAUUGUUUCUGCUGACAUCCCGGAGGCGAGUCGUAUCAGACUUGUCGACCUCAGCCUUGAUGCUGACGGAUCGUUCUACACCUUGCGAUUUAGGCGUUCGCCAUAUACCGACGAGCUGACGCCGAUUGAGCGGGUGUCGCUGCCCACGCAAGGAUUCUCUUGGACAAGUUCGGAGGGAUACACUCAGACUUCGGGCCAUGCGUGUCAACUGCUGAGUGAGGUGCUGAAAUUUAACUUCAUGGCUUUUUGGAACCAGGAAAGCCUGGCCUUUGCCCUACCCCGAGGAUUCGAUGCAAGAUGA